UGCCGGUGAGGAGGGGGAUGGGCGCCUCUGCGAAUGUAAGGACCCAAGACAGAAUCAGAGCCCUGUAUGACAUAGAGCAGCAUAUACCCCAUUAUAAAUAGCGACUGUAAAUAUACAAAACACAAAAAUAAAUGGAUUUAUCCACCGGGGAUCUAUCAUAGACACUCAAUGGAUGCACUGCACCUGAACAGGACAGGGAAUUUAACUUUCCGCCUAUGCGUGGGAGACACCAAGAAGUUUGUUUCCUACCCCUGGAGAGGGAGCUACUUUUGAGGGCAAAGGAUACAGGAGACUCCGAGGCCGACAUACAGGCCUACUGGUCUGGUUGGAUUUGAUGUUGGGAUACUCUAAUGACUUCCUACUGUACAUGAAUUUGCCUCGUUUGUACAAGUUUGGAAUGCCUCUUUAGGUCCCCCAUGACCGUGAGCCGUGGGCUACGGCUCGGUGGCACCCCACCUCUGGAGUGGUCUGUUGCUGUAGUUGGGACCCUUUGAUUCCUCUCCUCACCUCUCCUUCUCCCCCCCAUCCCAUCCUGUCCCUCCCCUCCCCCUCCCCUUCCUCCCCCCUCUUCCCCCCCUUCCAUGCGCCGCUGUGCUGGACGUCAUGAGCAUAGUAAUCGCGCUGGGAGUCACCACACCUGAAACGUCUUACUCAGAUAUGGCUGCUGGAUCAGACCCUGAGUCAGUUGAAGCAAGCCCUGCCGUGAAUGAGAAAAACUACAACAACCACAGCUGUGGGAGCGCACACAGUCAUGGGUAUCGGGGACUACCAUAUGCUAUGCAACAGUCUUCCGUUGUGUGUUGUCAGGAUCACAACUAUGGCGCACCCCCUCCCCCAACCCCACCCGCCUCCCCGCUCUCCCAAACCAUCAUCCCUCGCAUGGAUAUCAACGGCGUGGUACUCGGCUCCCGCUAUCACGAAACUACUGAGGACAACUCAGCUGACAGCGACAGCUCCUCAGAGGAGGACGGGGCCAUGGCCAGGUGGUGUCACUGCAACCUGAUGCCGGAUGGCUUGUACAUCAAAUGUGACAACUGCCGGGGACUUGACAGAAGGAAAGGAGCAGAAGGCCAACACAGAAAGACAGACAAUGUCUCAGCUGGAGAAAGCAGCGCCACAGAGAGUGGUGAUGAAGAGGUGUCACCCUCCACCAUCUCCUACACCGCCACCCAGCAUACACCCACCAGCAUCAAACUCACUGUCAACCGGGUCAAAAGGAGCAAAUCCAAAAAGAGGAAGAAGAGCACAGAGAAGGCCCGUGGAACGCCGAAAGGCAAGAAAGUCAAGGCUUUCAGAGAGGGUUCAAGGAAGUCCAUGAGGAUGAAGGUAAGAUUAGAGAACUCCACAACGGAGGCCAGCGUGCUGGAUGAGAACACAGCAGAGGGCUGGGAGAGCCGGAUCCGCCAGUGGACAGACCAGUAUGAGGAGGCUCUGGCAAACCAGUACAGCGCUGACGUCCAGACACUGCUGCAGCUUCACCGUGCUGCCAGCACCACCACCACCACCACCACCACCUCAAAGACUGAGAGCGGCACCACAACACCUCCCUCCACCGCCCAGAUUCACACCUCAGUUGACGCCAUGGACACCAUCAACCGCACCGAGCUGGCCUGUAAUAACACAGUGCUGGGCUCACAGAUGCAGCUCCAGUUGGGGCGAGUAACGCGGGUGCAGAAACACAGGAAGAUCCUCCGAGCAGCCAAGAACCUGGAACCAGACACGCUCAUCAUUGAAUAUCGGGGAAAGGUCAUGCUCAAACAGCAGUUUGAAGUCAACGGACACUUCUUCAAAAAACCCUACCCUUUUGUGCUGUUUUACUCCAAAUUUAACGAUGUAGAGAUGUGUGUUGAUGCUCGGACGUUUGGAAAUGAUGCGCGCUUCAUCAGGAGGUCCUGUACACCCAAUGCUGAGGUCCGGCAUAUGAUUGCUGAGGGUAUGAUCCACCUGUGUAUCUACGCUGUCAGUCAAAUCACAAAGGACGCUGAGGUCACCAUUGGAUUUGACUAUGAGUUCAAUAGCUGUAAUUACAAAGUGGACUGUGCCUGCCAUAAGGGCAACCAGAACUGCCCGGUGCAGAAGCACAACCUCAGCCCCAGGGAGAGCUUCCUGAGUCCCCCCUCCGUGCUGCCUCCCUCUCCUCUGGUUGGUGCUGAGACCCGACGAAGAAAAGCUCGGAGGAGGGAAAUGGAGGGCUCCCUGGCCACUGACAGUAACCAGACCCUGGACGAGCAGCAGGAUGCCAAAGAACUGCAGGGGACAAGUGAUGCAGAGGAGAGACUGCUGGAUGAGGUGAAGGUGGAAGAGGGAGAGGACGGAGAGGUGGAUGAAAAUGGGGUCACCAUCUCCAGUAAAAGAACAUUUAACAACCUGGAAAGGAGGCGGAGGAGAGUCGGAGGAGCGGAGCUCAAGGAAGAGGGUGUAGAAACUGAGGACGGGGCAGCAAACCCCACAGGGAACACCCCCACACCCCACAACACUGGAGUUGGGGUCAGCACACGACGUACCACCUAUGUUAUGGAAACGCCAUCCGUUGAAGAAAAGACCUCGUUACCCUACCUGCCUACCCCAGCUGCUCCCCCUAAACCUGCGCGACCUACCAAGCCUCGGCCCAAAAGUCGGAUCUCUCGCUACCGGUCCAGCUCAUCGCAGCGGGCCCGGCGGCAGCGUCAAGCCCUCGCCCAGCAGGCAGCAGCUGCUGCUGCGGCUGCAGCGCUGGCAGCAGUGCCGUCAUCGGCUGAGCAGGGAGCUGCUGUGGACGAGGAGGGAUGUCAGGGUCCAUAUGGUGCCGAACAGGGCCACGGAGAGAGCGGUCUCGGGGGUCACAUCCUAGAUGGGGACGGCCAGGGUCUGAACUGCAUAAACAGAGGCAACUUGCGCUACCCCAAGACCAAGAAGUACCUUGUGACAGAGUGGCUGAAUGACAAGAUCCCAGCAGGAGAGAAGGUUCACCUAGAGGUGCCUGUUGAGCGCCCGCUGCGGAUAACCACUGACCCCACGGUGCUGGCCACCACCCUCAACAUGCUGCCAGGCCUCUCCCACUCAUCGCUCAUUUGCACCACACCCAGACACUACGUCCGCUUCGGCUCCCCCUUCAACCCCGAGAGACGCAGGCCCCGCCCACUCAGAAUGGAUGGCACUUAUGGCUGCUACAAAAAGAGAUGGAUAAAGCAAGUGGAGGAUGAGAGCUGUUCAGCCAGCAUGGAGGACGGCACAGAGUCCACUUCCUCCCAGCAAAGUAACAGUAGCAGAUCCACCCCCAACCCCCUGUGCAGCGAACUCAGUGCCCCGUUUAAAAAGCGCCGCUCCAAGUAUAUGGCCGAGACGACACCAGCACCCCAAGACCACCUGCUUCGCCCGCUGUCACCCAUCACACCGCCGCUCCCAGAAGACUCCCUCCAUCCGCUGCUCCACAACCCUUGUGGCUCCCUGCUGCCCAAUGGCCUGGUCUACUCGCCAAUGCCCUCACUGCCCGCCAGCCGCUGCAACACACCGCUGCAGUUUGAAAACAUAUCAUCCCCGGAGGCAUCUCCUGUUCACCGGCCAGAGUCCAUCUCACCUGAGCCGUGUCUUCAGACCGACUUUGAAGUCCCUCGGCCUCAGUUCCCAGACCUGUCACUUCCCUCCAGCCUGGAGAGCCCUGUGCCUGUGACCUCAGAUGACUUUUCCCUUCCUGGAUGCCCCUCAGGCCCAGAUUCCCAGGGUCCAUCAUCUGUGGGGACCAGUUCCCUCAACCCAGUGUCCUGUCCCUCCUCAGACCUAAACCCCCAAAACAGGGAGCAGGCCUUCAGGACAGAGUUCAACCUCAUAUACACCUGCUCGCCCCUCAAUGCAAACUUGGGGAACCCCGUGGCCACCGACUGCCGCCAGUCCCAGUCAGAAGGAGGCUUCUCCCCUGCAGAGUCCUUCCACAGUUCCAUAAGUUGCCAGGGGCUGAUGGGAGAUGUAGGCCCCGGCUCCAUGUCACCCUAUGGUGAGCCUCAUUACGGAGGAGGCUACCCAGACAGUGGCACACCUCCUCACACCAGCAACCCACCGCAAAAGAGGAAGAGGGCCAACCAGCAUACCAUUAGUCUGCUGACAGGGAAGCCAGAUUACCAGGCUAUAGCAGUAAGAAGUGAAUACAAGCCAGUACAAAAUAUGGUGUCUUUGCUGGAGUACCGUAAAAGGAAGCAGAGCAGCGGCCGUGACACGGAACCCGCCGGCAGCAGCUCCUCUCUGAGUGGCACCCCCACCCGCCCUGGCUCCCACUACAGCCAGGACUCCCAUCAUCCCCAUUCCCAUCAGCAGAUGCAGCCCCCGGCCUCCCCACACAGCUCCUUCUUUUCCUCAGCACCCAGCAACCCUGUCCCACAGAUAGAGGAGGUCAGUCCUCCAGACCACCAGGGCCAGUCAGUACAGUCCAGACGCCAGGACAGCAACAACCAGUGGAUGGUUCCCACUACUGUUGAACGUUUAAGAGAAGGCCAGGGUGUUCUGGAGCGAGUGCUGAGAAGCAUCAAGAUGGAGCGGAUUUACAAGAGGAGUGAUGGCUCUGCAGAGAAGGACUUUGAUGCGGAUCAAUAUGAGAUGCAGGCUGCGUCCAUGGCUUCUCCCAUGAAGAGUCCCCACGGAUACAGUCCCUCUGUGUACUCACACCAGUCAUCAGAAAGCCACCGGCAAACCGACAGCCCAUCGUUCCGCCAGCAGACCUCCAACUCUCCAUUCCGGGGUUCCUACAGUCCCUCAUCAGGGCAGAGCUUCUACACGCGCCACUCCUCCCACCCUGGACUGUCCGAGGACCAGCCUCCAUCCUCCUAUCCCAGUCACUCCCCCACCCCCACCUCGUCCUCAGACUCCAGGCCGCCAGCAGGGUCUCUACACCAGCAGAGUGGCAGCAGUACUGUGGACAGAGGCCACGGCUACGGCAGCAGCCACUUAAAAGCGAGCCUUUUGAACAGCAGCGGCCUGUCAGGGGCUCCUACCCCGGGAUCCAGGGCCCACGGGCAGGCUAAAACAGACUCGGGCAGCGUGGGCUCCAGAGGGAGUCAGCAGCAGGUAUCUCGCAGCCUGAAGUCGGGCAGCCCAGGCCAAACGACGCUGCAGGCCAGCUCCAGGCUGCUGUCGGCCUCUGGACCGACACACUACCCACAGCGAGGGACAAGCCUCAGCCAGUUCCAGCACUCCCCCCUCCAGGGACCCGGAGUACGGACACAGUCAGGAAGCUUUUAGGACCUUGUUCAAGUGUGUGUGUGUGUGUGUGUGUGUGUGUGUGAGUGUGUGUGUGUGCGUGUGAGUGUGUACGAAGCUGCGUACCCCCUCAACCCCUACAGCUGUGGAGAAAUGGGGCUCAGGGAGUUUGGGGAGGGUAAAUGUACAGACCUAAGAGGAGCAAGGACUUCUUUACGGAUUUCUCCUUUUCUUAUUUUCUGUCUUUUCUUUCUUUUAUUUUCAGAAAAACAAAAAAAAACAAAUGACCACAUUCUGCACAAAGCUAAUCAUUGACUUUGGACAUCAUUAUGGAAUCAUUGGAAAAAGCUAUUUGGACGACACAUUCACCAAAAAACAAAAACGAAAAAAAAAACAAAUCACAUGUAACUUGAAAUUGUCCCCAGUGUUUCCUGAUGUGCCGGACUGUGCAAACCUCUAGGCUCUAAAAUGUCCGAAAGUAAAAAAACUUCCACACAAAUGUCUGUACAAAGUUCUAAAAAGUUGUACCUGUCGUCAUGGUACCCAGGUUGGAUAAAUGCUGAGAUGCAUAUAUAUAUGAAUCUGUGCUGCAGUAAAUAAGUGUUUGAUUUGGAAAGAGGGAAAUGAUGCAGGCAAAGGCAACGUGUUAAUCAUCCGUUCUAAAGAUGCAUUAGAGAGGAGGAGGCUUUUCCCUUCAUAGGGUCAUUCCAUACGAUUACCAGCUUCCAUGUUCUCUCACUAAACAUGAAGACAGCCCUUUUUUUUUCCUCAAGGUUCUCUGUCUGUUCCAAUGUUCCGUUUUUUUUUUGUUUUGUUUUGUUUUUUGUUUUUGGUUCUCUUCUGUUCUCUCAUCCCCACUGGACUGUUUUUGAUUUCACUUUAGGACUACUUCACUGUAGACUUCUGAUAUUGUACUUGAGACAAACAGGUCUUAUGAUUCAUGGUGCUGCAUUAUUGUUUUUUUUUUUUCCAAUAAAUUUGAAAUCCAGUUAUGUUCCCCACACACGGCUGCAUUCAUCUUGUCAUUAUAUCAGUUCAGAUCGGUUUUCUUUUCCUCCAAAUUCAUACUGAUCCUAUAUUACAGUGAUGGAAUGCAGGAACAAAAAUAAGGGGGCGAAUAAUCCAACUUUUCUUUCUAAGCUAAAAUGUAAGGUUUGACUGUUUUUAUCCAGCAGGGUUUCUUGAAAUACAUACAUACAUAUAUAAAUAUAUGUAUGUAUGUAUUCUUUUUUUCUGACCAAUCCAUUGCAUUCCGUGUGACACAGAGGGGAAACUGGGGCAAAGGAAUCUCUGAGGGAGUGUUUGGAUUGUUUAUAGGUUUAAAAAAAAAAAAAAAAAAGCUGCUAUGUUCUCCUGUGAGAGCUGCUUCCCUUUUCACAGAACGCUGUAUUUUGAUUUUUCCUUGUAACUCUCCACACAAAGUGUAACUUGUAAGACAGAGAUGGUACUCCUGAUCCCCUGCCGUGGGACCUCAAACCCACGUCGACAGCUGCGCGGUCGCAGGAGUCGCUCUCUCCUCCGAGACUACUUUUUUUUUUUUUUUUUUUUUUUUUUUUUUUUUGUUGGACCGGAUGUGGGAAAGCGCUGCAUUUGUAUGGAAGACUUCAAAGGACCGAGGGCCCCCGGUCGUGUGACUGGACCGCACCUGCCACUACAACAACCACCCCCCCUCCCCCCACUGUCAACUCCCACCAACACACACAAGGGUACUCCUGUUACAUGAAUGUUUGACAGAUUUUUACACACAAAAAAAAAAAAAAAAAAGACAAGUUGUGACCCAAAAUUAACCAGCACCUUAAAAUGAAAGAGAUACACCCUAAGACACAAUAGGAUAAUAUGUAUGA